AUGUCAUCCAUCGCCAGAAAAAGAUUAGCUCAAGAGAGGUCUGAUUGGAGAAGAGAUCACCCCGUCGGAUUUUCAGCAAAAUAUGCUCCUCUUCCCGACGGAACAGGCUUCGAUAUGAUGAAAUGGAUUUGUAAAAUACCCGGAAAAAAAGGAACGAUAUGGGAAGAGGGUGAAUAUCAGCUAAUAAUGGAGUUCAGUGAGGAUUAUCCCAGCAAACCUCCGAAAUGUAGAUUUACAAAGGUUCUGUUUCACCCAAACGUCUAUCCAUCUGGAACCGUUUGCCUUUCCAUCCUCAACGAAGACGAGGAGUGGAAGCCAUCAAUCACAAUUAAACAGAUUUUACUCGGGAUUCAAGAUCUAUUGGACAACCCGAACCCUUUAUCACCUGCCCAGGCAGACCCAUACCUCUUAUUUCUAAAUAACAGAAACGAGUACAUUAGUAGAGUUCGCAAACAAGCAGCAGAACUUAGACCUCUAGAUUAA